AUGCCGCGGCCACCGGCGCGGGGAACAGACGCCCGCCCGGGACAGCUCAGAGGACUUGGCCCCGCCCCGAGGGCGUGUCGCCGCCCCCAAACCCAGGACACGCCCCCAGCCCGGGACCCGACCCCACCCCCGGUGGCGCAUGGGGUCCUUUGGACAGCCCGCGGCCAAACCCAGGGCACGCCCCCAGUCCAGGACCCAGCCCUGACCCCAAUGGCGGACCGGGGUCCUGCCCACAGCACGUGGCCCCGCCCCCAACCCAACACCCGGUCCUACGCCCCAGUACCGGUUAACUUGCUAACCUCCAGACCCACGCCCCGCCCCAGGCGGAGGACCCUCUCAAGGCCCUCCUCUGACCCAGGAGCCCCGCCUCUCUGGCUAGGCUCUGCCCCCUCAGCCUGCGCCAGGAGCCCAGACCCGCCCCUGGCGCCGGGGCCCGCCUACUGCUCUCGCGCAGCGGGCCGAAGACCCGCCUCUAGCGCCAGGACCCGAGCUACAGCAGAGCAAGGACUCCUCCAGAAGGGGAGGAACCCUGGGGGAUGCAUCCCCAUGAGAAGACCCUCUAAGUCUCCUCCAGAUCCCGUGUUCCUGGUGGAGAGAAAGCAAAGAGAAGAGAGAGAGCCAGAGAAGAGGACAUCAGCCAAUGGGAGCACAGCCAUCCUGUGGGAGCAUAGCAAUCCUGGAAUCCCAGCCUUGUUGAGGACCCAAGUGACUGCAGUUGUAUGAGUGGUUCAGGCUGUUUCAGCCACAGGUGGUCAUCUACCAAACACCUGCAUUAUCAUUUAUCUUGAAAGCUGUUGUACUCUAGAAAAAAUAGCUUCGUUAUAUUUGUAUUAUAGCAAAAUACCUGUAAUGUGGCCAUAAUGUAUAUAUGUUUCCCUUCUCCCUCUGGGUGACCUAAUUGAUAUGUUAAUCAAUGCUCUCCUCUGUAAAGAUUUGUAAAUUCCUGUGAGACUUCCCUGUCCUCUCCUAAGGGAAACAAAGGUUGUUAAUUGCUGCUAGACUUCUCUAUUCUCUGCUGAGGAAAAUAGGAUAUCUUCCUAAUCUAAACUUGCUGGUUUGCAGGGAAACUUGCUUGUUAGCCCAACCCUUACCUGAACCUUGCUCUUCCCAAGAAAUGUAAUUGCCGUUUUCCUGUUCUGUAGUGCACCACAAACCCACCCCCUCCUUGCAUUGUGAGACCAGCAGCUGUUUGUGGUUUUACAAGAUAAAAGCCCUGCCCUUUAGCUGUCAGGCACGCAGUCCUUCAUAUUGGCUCCCGGAGACUGCGUUGCCAGGCCUGGCCUAAAAUAAAGCCUUUACUCCCUAAAUUUUAA